UGACCUCGACGGUGUAGCCAUCCUCGGAGGACAGUUGGCCUCCCUCUCUUGGCUCAGAUACAUCUAGCCCUCUCUCACUCUCUCUUUCUCCUCCUGAGGUUCUUCAACAAUCUCCUCGAUCACAACGUCGCCUUUUGUUUGGCAGAUUCGGAAGGGACGUCGAGGAAUCAGUGAGGUCGUCGAAGAGAAUUAAGUCAUAGGAGGCAGUCAACGUACAUCAUUUGCACAAAACAGCCCAUACCAAGAAAAGUUAGAAAGAUAUAAACGUCCGGAAAGCCUGCGAGAGAGGAAGAGAGGGAAAAGGACAGCAUCAUCAUCAACGUUCAGCGAGGAUCAGCCAAACCUUACGUUUCCCAAGAAUCUCUAACGGGUUACGACGCGCUAAUCGUCGGCGGUGCUCCGGUACGGGCGUCAUUCAAUGAAUGCUCUCUCAGGUUAUCGUGCUAAUGUCAUAUAAACGCUUCGCAUAACUUCGGGCAUUUCCAUCAAAAGUUGCAACACGGAUCUAGUCAUUCAUCUGCUUAUUCUAAAUAUAUUACACUAUUAGAUGUUAAGUAUAAAAUAUUUAUUCAUAUCAAGUGCCCAGCCUAAGAAAUAUCUUUUAAGUAUUGAAGAGCCUAGAGGACAGUGAUCUACAGUCAAGGAAAAUCUUUGUAUCAGAAAUAGAUUUGCACCCAUCAGGAACGCCUGAAAACAAAUACCAUACCAGAACAAAGUUGCAUUGACUCAAACAACAAAGAGACAUAACACUUAUAAAACCCCCAGGUUAAAAAAAAAAAUAGACUAGAAAACUCUCAGAAAAGGUCAGUCAUUCCCAGAGUUAUACACUCCCACCCCGAUGACGAGCCGGAAAUAAGUGAAUUCGGUUCCCUUAAAAGGCGAUAGUCAUCACACAGUGAGAUAUCGAACAAACAACACCUACAACCUGUAAGUUUACGCGGUGUGUACAAGUGUGUGUUUACAGUCUCGUAAUAUUCGCGAUAGACCGAGCGAUUGCCAUCCCAUCUCAUCUGCAAAGAACGCGCCGGAGGACUGAUUUUCCCGCACGUGCUUCACUGACUGAUUCCAACUCGGUGCAAGUACUGCAAAUCUACCGUCUGAUCACUGCAAAAGCUUCCAAGUAAAGUCGUUGCAAGGUUUCUGAGAUCGGGUGACCUAACAGGAUGCGUGGCUGGUUCGACGCCUUCAGGUCUGACGGAGGCCCAACCCUUUACGCCUACAGCAACCGCACCAGUGUCACCGGAGAUGUGCCCACUAUCACCAUCUGCCUCUUGUUCCUCACCAUCUUCCUAGCUUUCAUCACCAUCUUCCCCGGAGUUCGGAGGGAGCGAUUCUCGACUUUCUGCACAGUAACCCUCAGUCUCCUCGUUGGCACCGUUAUCCUAGUAUGCAGUGUCGGUUCUUCCUGGCACGUGGCCAAUGGUGUCAUCAGGUCCUCCUACCGCGCCUUCUCCAGGGAGAAGAUCGAUGCAAACCUGGGCGUGGCGAUCGGUCUUGACCACGUCAACAUAACGAUGUGCGUCAUCCCGAAGCACAAUCGAAGCCUCGAUAUCAACUUCAACGAGCGCUUCCACUGGAUCAAGACGUCGGACAUGAGGGAGCACUACAGGGAAGCCCUGAUCAAGGGCUUGCCUUACCCCAUCCUCACUGUGGCAGAGUACCUCACCCUCGACAACGAGGGCUUUGCCUGGGGAAGAUACUACCGCAAUGCAGGAUACUACGCUAAUAUCCUUUUAUGGACAUCGUUCGCAUCUUGGCUGCUCAUGAACAUACUGAUGGUGAAUGUCCCUCGUUACGGUGCUUACACGAUGUUCAUCAGUGGAAGUUUGAUGUGUCUUUCAACAGCUGUCUUUUACCUCCUGAUGCCCGAGAAGCCCCUAGUGCUGAGGUUUGAGGAAGCCAUCAUCACUUUCAAACUCGGCUGGUGCUUCUGGCUCACCUUAAUUGUGGGAAGCAUCAUGGCAAUAUCAGGGAUGAUAGUUUCAAUAGUGGACUGGAUUUACCCACACAAAUUCUCCACUAUCUUGGAAGUAGACUUCGACACUCCUUACGAUCGACACAUCAUUAUAGAGGAUUCCCAUGACACUCGCAAGAGGCGCUUCAAGAUCCCACGUCUAGAGGAACCCCUGAAUGCUGGUCUUACCGCUGGCUCUAGACUCCUGAGACGUCUUUCCAAGCGUGGCAAGGAGGCGUCUGGCGAGAACGAGACGAACACCGUGCCUGGAAUUGACAACCACGCCUUCGAAAUGGAACCCGCUAAAUCGCCUCUUCGAUACUCAAGCAUCAUCAUGCGAACGGACUCCAAGAAAUCCACAAAGUCAGUCAACUUUAGGAAUGCAUCCACAAAAUCUCAGCAAUUUUUGGAUAUUCCACAGUUGUCUGAUUACGAAGAGAAAACAAAACACUUCCAGAGGUCAGACUCUAAACAGAGCAGCGUUUCGUCUGCAUCAGUGGCGUCGUCACCCAAAAGUGUUAACUUUGAAGAAACUGCGAUACCAGGACCUAGCGUCCACCCUGGAGGGCCAGCUCCAGCAAUGCCUGUCGGGGUCAAUAUGCUAAGGCAGGAUUCUAGUCAAUCCGUGUCUUCCUCCUUGUCUUCGUUCGGACUUGGUAUGUUGUCCCGCGACCCAAGCAUUCGAAAAAUAUCAAACGAGGAGAACCUUCAUGCCCCGGUCACGAGAAAUAAUUCCGGAAACAUUAUUGUCUUCCACAGAACUGACUCUCGAGGCCAGCUUCAAAGGUUGAAAGACGAAGUCGUGGAAAUUCAAACUGACGAGAUGUCUGAUAUGUGGUGAAGAAGUGGAAACGUCGCUCCAUUCCUAAAUUAUGUAUUUAUGAGCAGACCUUCAUCUUCACUCACCUACCUGCUUGGGCAUCAUCGUGAACAUGACCCGACUUCCGAGAGAUGUCUCAGUGUUCCAUCAAUGUUUUCUCGUCCUCGUUUAAAUGACCUUAGGACAAAUAUAAACUCGAGCAACAAUGACAGCUCGCGUUUGAAUGACAUUGAGUUAAAUCGUGAUUAGAACUUUUAUAUGAAGUGAAUGUGUAUCGAUUCAACCUUAUUACAGUACAGUAUUCAUUUUAGAUAUUUCGUAAUGUCUAUGCACACACAUAUCGUACUCCUAUACACUCAUAAAAAUACAAAAAAGUUCAUAAAGUAAUAUAUUUACAAAAAUUAACUAAAAAAAAAAAGUUAGAGGGAAAACUGAUUAUAUUUCCGGUGCUAAGUUUAUUUUAGACAGUUCCUACUGCAAGAAAAAAUUUGUAACGGAGAAAGUUCACUCUAAUAUGGAAAAUGAAAAUAUACCCACAUUUUGUAAUAUAUCGAUGGAAAUUACAGCAUUGGCAUAACCGAUAUCAAUAUUAUUUCAAUAAACUUCACGCGAUAAACAGCGUUUUACUGACGCUGACGUAGAUUUAAUUACCACGGUGUACAUUUAACUUAAUAAAUGCAUUGUACAGUUUACAAA